AUUGGUUGUGAUGAUGGUUGCUCUGUUUUGCAGCUGCUCACUCAAACUGGGAGUAGCAACUGCAAGACAACUCCCUUCCUAUCCUCCAAUCAUCUCCUCCUACAAACACAACUCCCCACAAAGGAGUCCUGAAUGGCACCAAACACUAGCAUUUCAUGCUCUUGCUGGGACCCUUUCCUUUGGUCUCCUCCUCGCUUCUCCUCCUCCCUCUCUUUCCCUUCAAUCCCCAUCCCUUCAAUCACCUACUACCCAGUUCUGCCUAGAAGAUGAAGGAGUCGUCGAAGAAGUCGCUCCUGAGUCGGUUACUAAUGAAGGAAUAGUUGAGGAAGCUUGGGAAAUUGUCAACGACAGCUUCCUUGAUGCCGGUCGCCAUCGCUGGUCUCCUGAUAUGUGGCUGCAAAAGAGAGAAGAUAUUCUUAGUAGCUCCAUUCCAACAAGAUCUAAAGCUCAUGAUGUCAUCCGAAGGAUGCUAGCUAGUUUGGGCGACCCAUACACACGGUUCUUAUCUCCCUCGGAGUUCUCGAAGAUGGCUAGGUAUGAUGUGACUGGGAUUGGGGUAAAUCUUAGAGAAAUUCCUGAUGACAACGGUGCUAUCAAAGUGAAAGUAUUAGGGAUCAUAUUGGAUGGUCCUGCACAUUCUGCUGGUGUAAGACAGGGGGAUGAGGUCUUAUCCGUUAAUGGCGUGGAAAUCAAGGGGAAAUCAGCCUUUGAAGUAUCAUCUUUGCUGCAAGGUCCUAAGGAAACAUUUGUGACUAUUGAGGUUAAACAUGGAAAUUGUGGACCAGUUCAAUCUUUUAAAGUCCAGAGGCAAAUUACUGCACGAACCCCAGUAUUCUACCGCUUAGAACCGGUGGAAAAUGGAGCUGCUUCAGUUGGAUACAUACGUUUGAAAGAGUUCAAUGCGUUGGCGAGAAAAGAUUUGGUUAUCGCGAUGAAGCAUCUUCAAGAUUCUGGUGCCUCCUAUUUUGUUUUGGAUCUUAGAGAUAAUCUUGGCGGACUAGUGCAGGCUGGCAUUGAGGCUGCUAAGCUCUUUUUAAAUGAAGGGGACACGGUCACUUAUACUGUUGGAAGGGAUCCCCAGUUCCAAAGAACUAUUGUUGCGGAAAAUGCACCUUUGGUCACAGCUCCUGCUAUUGUUCUAGUGAACAAUAGAACAGCAAGUGCUAGCGAAAUUGUUGCAACAGCGCUUCAUGAUAAUUGUAGAGCUGUUCUUGUGGGAGACAGGACUUUUGGCAAGGGCUUGAUACAAUCUGUUUUUGAACUUCAUGAUGGAUCUGGCGUGGUUGUAACUGUUGGUAAGUACGUCACACCAAAUCACAUGGACAUCAAUGGAAAUGGUGUAGAGCCAGACUUCCCACGCAUACCAGCUUGGAGUGCAGUUACAAAACAUCUAUCGGACUGCAAUAUGCAAAGGAAAGGAUAAUGAGAACGGGUUACUAAAUACCUUGACAGUCCCUGUAAUGCUCCAGAAGCUGCAAACAAGAGCAGAUCAAAUGCUGAAGGAUUUCAUGGAAUUCGAGGAGGUUGGAGGCCAAAUAUCCACAGCGCAGUUGUAUCAAAUGCGACAAAAGUAUCUACACUAAUAUAAUCGGCAGAGGAAUGUAUAUAAGAAUUCUCUUGGAAAUAGGAGGCCCCAUUUGUUUGAACUAUCAUAAUCUAAUCAAGGGUUGAGAAUCAUCUGUAUGUAUUAUUGCAGUAACCCUGCCGAAGAACCCAAGGGAGGAAAGGAAGAAGGGGAAAAAAAAAAAAAAGAAUUCUGUGAAAGAAAAUCUGGUGCUAUGUAUUGCUUAUAUUCUUGGUAACUUGUUUUGGAUUCUUCGAAUUUGAAGAGGAUUCACUUCACUA